UUUGCCCCCUCUUUUCAAUUUCUCCAUUGAUUGAUUCAUCAUACACUCAUUCGUCAUUCCCUCUCCUCACAACCUCUCAUUCCUCAUCUCCAACCCUGUAAUAAUUCUCUUCAACACUUUCUCUUCCUCACUCUAAAUCCCACCAUCUUCAAAUAAUACUGAUGAAUCUUCAAUCCUGCUUUUGCUCCUACCCUUUACUCCCUCUCCCCAGUUACUACCCUUCCAAGCACAAUCUCUGCUGCUUCCUUCUUCCCGCCAAGACUAUCCAUCCCUCUUCCUUUUCCGGCUUUCCUAUUUCCAAGAAUUUCACUGCCGCAGCCAACAGUGAGGUCUCUUCCUCCGCGUCUUCUGACCAAGGGAAGCCGCGUUCUGAGCUUUUCGAUGAUCAACUUUUGGGACGGGUUUCUGCCGCCACAGAUGCCGCGGAGGUGUUGCUUUUGAUUGCUGAGGAGCGACGCACAAGUCGCGGAGUUGUCAGUGUUUCUGAUUGUCGUUUGAUUAUCUCAGCGGCGCUUGACCGUGGCAAUGCUGACUUGGCGCUAUCUGUGUUCUCCGCCAUGCGGUCGAGCUUCGAUUCUGGCUCAGGUUGGGUUGACGAUACUAAGUUGGUUGAGAGAUGGAAGUGGUCAAGGCCAGAUGUACAUACUUAUACAUUAUUAGUCAAGGGUCUCGCAGCAUCACUAAGGAUUUCAGAUGCCCUUAGAAUGAUUGACUGUGUUUGCCGAGUGGGAGUGUCUCCUGGUGAAGAGGUUCCCUUUGGUAAGGUUGUGAGAUGCCCAAGUUGUAUGAUUGCAAUUGCAGUCGCUCAACCACAGCAAGGUAUUCAGCUUGUGUCAUGCUCAAAGUGCCGCUACCAGUAUGAACUGGUUUCAGGCAACAUCCUUACGAUAGAAUCUGAAGAAAUUAGCAUGGAUGUUCCUGCGUGGAAGCGAGGAUUACAAUUCUUGCAAAUAGUGAAGCAAAAUAUUCCAGCUGCCGUUCACUCUAUUGUGGUGGAGACCCCAUCUGGUGUGGCGAGAACUCACAGGUUUGCCACUGAAACUGUUGAUCUCCCUGCCCAGGAGGGAGAAAGGGUGACUGUUGCUGUAGCUGCUCCAUUGGGUGCCUACAGAGAGGUUGGUCCUUUAAAGUUGAGUCCAAGAGUUCCCAAUUUCUACCCCGGGGAACCCAUGUGCCUGACAAAUCAUAGGGAUGGCCGAGAAUCUCGAUUGCUAAGAGCGCCCUCUAAAGAUGUAGGAAAAUCCAUGCUGAACCUAUCUACCUUACUUCCUGUUCUUGCGGUGUUUGCCACUGGCGAUGCUGCCUCUGGAUUUUUCGACCCUAGCUUGCCUCAAUUAAUUGCAGCGGCUGCAGUUUCUUCACUUGUUGUGGGUGUAACUUUUAACAGUCUCAUUCUUCCUCAGCUUAACAAGCUUCCUCAGAGAUUAGUGGAUAUAACAUCCAUAAGGCAGCAGCUGUUGUCUCAGUAUGAUGUACUUCAGACUCGCAUCAAGGAGUUGAAGAAGGCUGCUGAAACUGAGGUUUGGAUGCUUGCUCGCAUGUGCCAGUUAGAGAACAAAAUCUAUGCUGUCGGAGAACCUUCUUACCGUGCUAGAAGAAGUAGAGUCAAAAGGGUACGGGAAGGAUUGGAGAAUUCCCUCAAAAAUCGGGUUGAACUGAUUGAAAGCUAUGCUAGAAUUUCUUCAAUGAUUGAAAUUGAGGUAGAACUGGAGUUGGAUGUUGCUGCUGCUGAAGCAGUCGGUAAUGUGGAAAAUACUGCUGAGCAGAUAGAGCAAAUCAUGGAAAGUGAGAAUCUUGAAGAGAAAUGGAGAAUGCAAGCUGAGGCAAACGACGAAGCUGAAAGGCUUCUUAGUUCUGAGACUAUUCCCACUGAGCAGGUUUUCAACAGAUAGUUGGCAAAGAAAUUGGGGCAAGGCAUUUCCGUUUUCAUACAGAAUCUCACACACUAUCCGUUACAAGUUAUUGCCUCUUGUGGAAGAAGAGGAUCCCUCUGGUACCGCUGAAGUCCACUGCUGCUUGCUUGUGAAAAACAACAUCCAACAUCAAUCUAAUCACGGCGCUCAACAGCAUCACACAACACACACACAGUCUUCUCAAACCAAAGGUUUCACAGUAACUUACCGUUUCGGGGAUGGAAAUGCUUUUGCCCCGUUCUACGGUUAGUCUGCAUGCUUACAUUCAUCUCUAAUUUGUAAAGAAAACGACGACUACAUGAAUUCAUUUUGUCGUGUAAUCAAGUGUGUAAUGGGUAAAUUCAGAACUUCUUUAUACUCUA